UCUCGUAGCUGACCCCGUUGAUCUAAUCUGUGUGUAAUGCGACUCCAGCGCCUCAAUUGAUCUCUUCCCCGAUGAAUCCAUGAGUUAUCCAACCUCCUGAGAACUUCAUGCUCGCUUGGCCAUUAAUGGAGUGGUCGACUGGUAGGUAAAAUAGUUACUGACAGGGCAGCUGCUCUGUUUCCUUGCCGGAUUCAGCCGCAGAGAUGGAGAAGAAAGCAGAUCACUGUAUGAUUGACAUCCCUACCUUGGCGCAAGAACUGAGGGUUGAACUGUCCAGCUUGAAGUCGCCGGCGGAGUGGGUCGCCGGCGGCUCCGUCCAGCCGUGGAUCUUCGUCGACAAGGUUGGUGAAUCGACCCGGAGCCUCGACCCGCAUGAGUACGUGCCGCAGUUCGUUUCCAUCGGGCCGUACCACCGUACCGGCGACCUCGCCAGAGAAGCCAACAAGGUGAAUUACCUCGGCGACGUCCUCUCGGCGGCGGCGGCGGACUCGAGCGCGCCGAUGAAGCUCGAGGACUACCUCAGCGAGCUGGCGCACCUCGAGCACAGCGCGAGGAGGAGCUACGUCCAUUCGUUCGAUAUCCCCAGCGGUGAGUUCGUGCGGAUGCUUCUGCUCGACGCCUGCUACAUCCUCGUCCGCUUCGGCGACGUCCUCGGGCGACGCCCUGCGCCGCCGCAGCCGGACAUGGCGAAUGGCGUCGUGCCGGCGGGGCAUCGUGUUGUGCCGACCGAGGAGAGGAGAGCACCCUCGGCCGACCAGCGGGAGAACGUCGCGGUGGUCCGCGACGUGCUCUACCUUGCGGAGAACCAGAUCCCGUUCUUCGUCGUGGACAAGGUUUACGAGCUCGCCUUUCUCGACGGCAAAACUAGGGCGGUGGACGCCAUCGCGAGGUACGUGCAUGACCUCUUGCGGUGGACUGGAUACACGGUCGCGACGCCGACCGUGGUGGCGCCACCGGCGCUGCGGCCACAGCCAGCCAAUCUGCUUCACCUGGUACACAUGCACUUCACGCCCACCGUGCUCACCUCCGGCAAGCGCAGCCGCGGCGGCAGGCCGGUGGGCCGGUGGCGCACGGCGACGGAGUACUACUUUGCCGGCGUGAGGUUCAAGCGCCGGGCUCUCAGCACCGACGGCGGCGGCGGCGCGCGCAGCAUCCUCGACGUGAAGGCGAGCAGAGGCGGCGGCACGCUGCAGGUGCCCCGCCUGAGCAUCGACGACCAGACGUGGCGGCUGCUGCGCAACCUGAUGGCGCUGGAGCAGAGCAACCCGGAGGCCGCGGGCACCCACGUGACGGCGUACUGCGUGUUCAUGUCGCAGCUGGCGUGCACGGCGAGGGACGUGGAGCUGCUGUCCCGUCGGGGCGUCAUCGUGCACGGCCUGGGCAACGACGAGCAGGUCGCGGAGCUCUUCGCCAACCUGUGCAAGGGCGCCGUGUUCGACUUCGAUGAGGCCGACCAGAACUACCUGAGGCCGGUGUGCCAGACGCUGGAGCGGCGGUUCCGGAGCCGGCCGCGGCGGUGGAUGGCGUGGCUGAAGCAGAAGUACUUCCUCAACCCGUGGCUCGCCGCCGGCCUCGUGGCGGCCACCAUCGGGCUCGCGUGCAGCGUGAUCCAGGCGGUUUACUCCGUUCUGGGUUACAUAAAACCGGGGAACUAGGAUUGCAACCGAUGUGCGGCAAUGGCGGAGCCAACACCCGGCUGCCCUGUGCUCGCCGGUGCAGCAGAUCAAAGAGGUGGUAACGUCAGAAAUCGUACCGAUGAUUCGUGCGUCCUCGACAAAAUUCCUUAAUCGAUCUUCCGAUGGUACUGGUGAAGUUUGAUGAAAUCAAGAAAAGUCCGGAGGUGCAGCACAUCGAGAAAUGGACCCUGAUUACUGAAAGAGAGCAAUGAUCAUGGAUAGAGUCAUAGAGAGCAGAGACCAGGGGAUUUCACGAAAUAGGUUUUGGACUUCUGAAAUACUGUCAGGCUCGUGAUCUGAAGUUGUUUAGCCAACCCCAACAAAAGUCUGUAAUUUCUUAAGAAGAUACUGUUCAUCUCUAAACAUGAUUAUGUGGUUUAAUGGUUAUGGUGCUGACCCGACAAUGGUUUUGGGUGGCUUCGCCGCUGAGCCCAUAGACGAGACUUUGUCAGCUAAAGUGCAGAUUGUCGUCGAAUCAGAUUCUACGGGUGGCUGUUGAAGCAUUUGAAGAUGAUGACUCGUGCAUGAUAUGAGUGCUAUUAGUGUUUCAAUUAAGCGGUGUAAAUUCAGGAAUUGUGAGUUUGUGUUAUGUAAAUUAUGAGAGAUGCCCACAUGGGGAAAUUUAACUAUUUCCGACUUAUUAGCCA